AGGCUAAACCUCAAAACGACCGGAGAACGUGAUGCCCUGAUUAAACGAAUUGAAGAGGCACGGACUAACACAGACAACCUUCCUGGCACUCCGCCCCCUAUUCAAGAUGGCGGCGAGCACGUAGAAAAUCAAACUGAUCAAAAUGCCCUCGAACUGCAAUUUCAGCAGCUUCAGCGCCAAGUCCAGGAGCUACUGGACAGGGAGUCGCCACAAGACGAGCUUUUAUCAGCCACCCAGCUCACCCAAGUACAAUCGAUUGUUCAAGGGUCACUAAACGAGGCGAUCGAGAAAGCCGCAUCAGCCGCCGCUCAAGCCGCAGUUAGCGUCUUCAAUGGCUCGUCUCCACCAGCUACCACUCCACCGACGCAAGCAGAGAGAUUCCUCUGGGAAUGA